CACGUACGACGAUGUAAACACGGCGGCCAAGCAAUACUGAAACUUAACUUACCUUCCCUGCAAUUUGCAACUGAAACCAAGUGGCGUGCCUGAUAUCCUACAACGAAGUGUUACGGUUGGUUUGAUUAAAUUGGGAAAGUAUAAGGAAUGCUGAUGCACUAAUUACGCCAAAGGAAGACGAAUUUUUUACGUACUCUUCGAAGUGAAGUAAGCUUACAUAUAAGUCAGUAUGUCAUGGUUUACUGAUCUUGCUGGCAAGGCAGAGUUUCUGCUGGAAAAGGUUGAUACUGCUGCAGCUUCAGCACUCACAAAGGACCAGAUUAACCAGGACGGGGGUGUAUUCGGUAAAAAUGUUUUUCCAACAAAACCAGUUGCAAGUUCUGUUUCAACACAGAGACCAAUUCCUGCACCGGUUGUCAACCAAGGAGUUGAUUUUGCAAAGGCAGCCAGUGAGAGCAGUGUAUUAGGUGGACCUACAGUACCUAUCAAGUCUCGGCUACCUUCUUCUGGUUCUAGGACACCCCCAAGGGUAACAAGAACAGAAAACAAAAAUGAUGAUAAAUUAUUUGAGUUCCUCAAUAGCAAUGUUCCCACUUCUAAGGAAAGGAAACCUAUAAAACCAAAAUUGGUGACUGAAACAUCAUCUGAUGAAGUUGUUAAAGCUAAUGAUACUUCAUUGCUGGUUCAGCAAGAUGCUCCAGAUGGAAGAAUUAAUGAUGAUGCUAUUGGAAAGAAUUCAAAUACAGGAGAAAAAGACACAAACAUAUCUGAUGGACUGAGACUAGUAGAACCUCAGGCACAAGACAUGCCUCAGCAUGAAGCUGAUCACCGCAGCCAACCUCCUGCUGAUGAUCGUGUGUCCAACCUUGAAUUUGAAAACACACUUCUAAAGAAGGAAGUAUCAUCACUGAAUGAAGAAAUGGUUUCUGUGGUGCAAAGGGCUAAGGAAGCUGAAAGGAGAGUAAAAGAAACAGAGAGACAGCUUCAAAGAAGUCAUCAACAGUUGGCAGCUUCUGAGGAAAUUUCCAGGCAGUUGAGAGGGAAGGAGGAUGAUUAUACAGAGGCACUUAAUGCUAAGGACUCACAGCUGGCUGUGCUCAGGGUCAGGAUACAGGAGUCAGACCAGGAACUGAAGACCAAACAGCAGCAAAUUGAACAGUACCAGUUAGAGAGAGAGAGGCUACUUCAGGAUCACUCAGCAUCAACUGGUGUUCACAGUCAUGCAUUGGACACUCUGAAAGCUAAACUGGAAGAAACUGAGAGCAAACUUAAAGCUGAACAGGAAUCUCAAAAGAAACUCGAGAAAGAGUCCAUGGACAGGCAAACAAAGCUAGAAGAGGGACAAGCAGCCUUGGCCGAGUCACUCAAAACUUUGCAGAAGAGAGUCAAUGAAGAGAAGAAUAAGAACAAUGAGAAUGCUACAGCACUCAAAACAACAAAAGGAAAUCUAGAAACUGCGAAGCAAGAACUGAAGGACUAUAAAGAUAAAGCAGCCAGAAUUCUUCAGGCUAAAGACAAGGUGAUAGCAAGUCUCCGUGAUGGAAGCAAAGGUGAAGUUACCAGCGGUGUUACUAGUUCAGAAUAUGAAGAGGUCUGUCAUGAGAGGGACAUGUUUAAAGAUGAAGUCAAUCAGGUCAAGUACAAAAUGGAGCAACUCAAGGCUGAUUUACAGGACUUGGAACAGCAGCAACAAUCCGAGGCAGAUCUUGCUCGAGAGAAAAUGGAAGAGUUAGAGAGUGCUCUGGAUGACGAAAAAAGAAAAAAAGACGCCUGUGAACAACAAAUUCAACAGCAUCUCCAAGACCUGCAUCAGGCCCAAGAUGAGAUACGAGGAAUUAAAAGCAGCUUUAUGAGCCAGUUACAGGAGAGGGAAAAUGAAAUUCAGAAACUUAGAAAUCAGCUUGCAACCAAGGCACUUACGUCUACGAGUGAAGAAGAACUGGGAAACCGAGUCCGAGCGCUGACAGAAAACCUCAUUCAGAAACAAACACUGAUUGAGGCUCUGAGCACAGAGAAGAACUCCUUGGUUUUACAGUUAGAGCGGCUGGAGAAGCAAUACAGAGAUGUACAGGCAUCUACGUCUAAAAUGAUUGCCGGCUCGUCAGCAACUUAUGACGGUUUUGAUGACAACGAUGAAAAUACGCUGUCACGUGUGAGAUCAAUAUCGUCCAUUAUGCCCUCACAACUUAACGACUCCCGAAAAGUUAAACGAGCUGUUAAUGAAAUCGACAAGUUCAGUAUAAGACUUGGUCUGUUCCUCAGAAGGUAUCCCAUUGCACGGCUCUUUGUCAUCAUUUACAUGGUGUUGCUUCAUGUAUGGGUCCUGGUUGUUCUUCUCACCUACCAACCCGAGGUUCAUACAACCAGUUCAGUUCGUCUGCCUCAACCUCCUAAUCUUAACUAGCUCUCAAGCGUCACACGAAUAAAGGACACUAUUUAUUUCGAUGAUAAUCCUGAAAAACUAGCAAGUAAUAAUCCGGUGGCCGGCUUAUUACAAAGGAAACCUUGGACGAAUGUGAAUAAAAGCCUUCUGAGGAAACAACAAUGAGGGUCACGAUACUGAAGAGAUAGAAAGGUAGAGAACUGUUGAUUCAGCACAGAUUACUUAUAUUUAAAAACUUAAAGCUUACCCGGGCAGGUAGUCAGGUCACACUUGGAAUAAAUUCUGACUUUCUUUUAAUUCAGUGUACGAAGAUGAAUGAAGAGAGACAACUUGUUUUAUUGAAAUUGGAAAGAUAAAGAAGCUUGCAAGGUUGGCUGUGAUCAGAAUUUCACAGCGUGUACAUUGAUCACGAAAGAGAGUCUCUAUAUAAAUCAAGUUGCGCCAACAGGUAGACAGUUUACAUGUAAUAAGUUCUACAAAAACAAUCAUACCGAUCAGAUAAGGAUUUUUUUUCUAACACAAACAUAAUUAAAAUCUUUUCGAAAAGUAA